AUGGAUGUCCUGGAACGCCUGAGCGUCAUCUCGCGUAUCACCACCGAGCUCCACAACCACUGGGGCGUGAACGACAGAGACCUCGCCGAGUUUGUCGUGCAUCUCGGCGAGGAGGCGUCUUCCCUCGAAGAGUUCCGGGAGCGGCUCCAAGAGAAUGGCGCGGCUGUCUCCUCCUCGCUCGCCGUGUCGCUCUACACGACCAUUCAGAAGCUGUCCCAGAAGAAACGGGCAUCCGCCAAGGCGAGCGUUCUCGACCUCCCCGGGAAAAAAACAAGUACCGCUCCUUCCUCUUCCGCUGCUUCUGAGGCCUCCUGCGCGCCUCCCCUUCCCGGCCACGAGCUGACAGAGAAGGAGAAGAAAUUCCCCGGUUUGUGCAUGCCGAACGAUUUCUCGCGGCCCGAGCUCCAGCUGGAGCGACCCGACGACUCUGCCCCAUUGUCGGAGCAUGCGCAGCGUCUGCUGAACGCAGAGAAGGACGACAAGGAGCUCCAGAGAGAACAGAAGGAGGCGCUGAAGCGCGGCAGAGACUCGAAGUUUGCACCCGUGCAGUCUGGCGCGAACAGCAUCCCGCUGGGAGGCAAGAAGGCCGAGGGGGAAGCCGAGCGAGCGCCGAAGACAGACGGGAAAGCUCCUGCGCACUACUACGGUAGGAAAGGUCCGAUGAUUCGAUACGCGAUCUACGAGGGAGUCGUGGACAAAGUCGUCGAAUUCGGCUGCUUCGUGCGGCUCGAAUUCGACGAAGGAACCCGACAAGGACUCCUCCACAUUGCCGACAUGGUCAAAACCGAUGGACGCCCUGUCCAGCCGCAGGACGUUGUGCACCGCAACAUGCCUGUCAAGGUAAAAAUCCUUGGCAUUGCGGGGUCCAAGAUCUCGCUGUCCAUGCGCGAAGUCGACCAGGAGACAGGCGAGGAUCUCAAGCCUCGAGGCGAAUUCGCCAAAAAAGAAGAAGACAGCACUGGCGAGAUGAAGAAGAUUCGCAUCGACGACGAAGCAGAAGAGAGAGAGAAACAAGGUAUUGGACGCUUGACGGGGAUUCGGAUCGACUCCAAAGACAACACUGUUGAGUCGCUCUACUGCCGAAAGCGCAAACUCAUGAGCGACUUCGACAAGUGGGAGGCUCAGCAACUUCUUCACAGCGGGCUUCUCACGCGCGAAGAGCAUCCGCUGUUCGACGAGGAGCUCGGGAUCCUUCCGUCGGUCGAAGUGGACGAAGACGUGGAAAUCGAGAUUCGAGAAGACGAGGCGCUCUUCCUCCGAGGCCAGACGACGCGGACUGGCAUGCAGUUGAGUCCAGUGAAGAUCGUCGCAAAUCCGGACGGUUCCCUCGCUCGCGCCGCCGCCACCGCCACGGCCUUGGCAAAAGAAAGAAGGGAAAUCCGAAAUGCGCAAGAAGCCGCAAUUCUCGACUCCAUCCCCAAAGACAUGAGUCGACCCUGGGAGGAUCCCGCUCCGGGACCGGGCGAACGCACGAUCGCCCAAGCCUUAAAGGGGUUAGGGCAGACGAGUUACGAGAUGCCAGAGUGGAAGAAGAUGUACAUUGGGAAGAGCGUGAGCUUUGGGCAGAAGAGUAACAAAAGCAUUGCGGAGCAGAGACAAGGCCUCCCGAUCUAUCGCCUCAGAGAGCCUCUGUUGAAGGCCAUCAAAGAAAAUCAAGUUCUGAUUGUCAUCGGAGAAACAGGAAGCGGGAAAACGACGCAGAUGACGCAGUACAUUGCAGAGGCCGGCUUGGUCACUCCCGGGACAAUGAUUGGCUGCACGCAGCCCCGACGUGUGGCGGCAAUCUCCGUCGCGAAACGCGUGGCGGAAGAAUUUGGUUGCCGAGUGGGACAGGAAGUCGGGUACAACAUCCGCUUCGAAGACUGCACGAGUCCCGACACCAUCAUCAAGUACAUGACGGAUGGAAUGCUCUUGCGAGAGGCGCUCGUCGACGCCUCCCUCAAACGCUACUGCGUUGUCAUGCUUGACGAAGCGCACGAACGAACCAUCAGCACAGACGUCCUCUUCGGCCUCCUCAAGGACUGUUGUCGGCGGCGUCCGGAUUUCAAGUUGAUUGUGACGUCUGCGACGUUGGAUGCAGAGAAGUUCUCCAACUACUUUUUCAACUCGCACAUUUUCACGAUUCCUGGCCGGACCUUUCCCGUGGAAAUUCUUUACACGAAGGAGCCUGAGGCGGACUACGUCGAGGCGUCGCUGAUCACGGUGUUGCAGAUUCACCUCUGCGAGCCGCCUGGGGACAUUCUCCUUUUCCUAACUGGACAGGAGGAGAUCGACACGGCCUGCCAAACGCUGCACGAGCGCAUGCAGAAGCUGGAGAGUACCAACCCGCCUCCCCUGAUCAUCCUCCCCGUCUACUCCGCGCUGCCGUCGGAAAUGCAGACGAUGAUUUUCGACCCGGCGCCUCCAGGAUGCAGAAAGUGUGUCGUCGCGACAAACAUCGCCGAAGCGUCGCUCACCAUUGACGGAAUCUACUUUGUCAUUGACCCGGGAUUUGCCAAGAUGAAAAUGUACAACCCAAAGACUGGCAUGGACAGCCUUGUCGUCGCUCCCAUCAGCCAAGCAAAUGCGCGACAGAGAGCGGGGCGCGCGGGUCGCACAGGUCCCGGCAAGUGCUACCGGCUGUACACUGAGCAGGCAUACCGUUGCGAGAUGCUGCCUGUGGCAGUGCCUGAGAUCCAGAGAACGAACUUGGAGAACACUGUGCUUCUUCUCAAAGCGAUGGGCGUGAACGACAUGCUGAACUUCGACUUCAUGGAUCCGCCACCCGUCCAGACUCUGAUUAAUGCCUUGGAGAGCUUGUAUGAGCUAGGAGCCUUGGACGACGAAGGCCUGCUGACGCGCCUUGGCCGGAAGAUGGCGGAGUUUCCCAUGGAGCCGCAGCUGAGCAAGAUGCUUCUGGCGAGUGUCGAUCUCAAAUGCAGUGACGAAAUCAUCACGAUUGUCUCCAUGUUGAGCGUACAAAACGUCUUCUACAGACCGAAGGACAAACAAGCCAUGUCGGACCAGCGUAAGAGCUGCUUCCACCAGCCUGAAGGAGACCACGUGACUUACCUGGAAAUCUACAGAGGCUGGCAACGCAACCGCUUCGCCAAUUCGUGGUGUUUUGAGAACUUCGUCCAGAGUCGCGCGAUGCGGCGCGCUCAGGAUGUCCGAAAGCAGCUUAUCACAAUCAUGGACAGAUACAAACUCGACGUCAUCUCCGCAGGCAAAGACUACAAUCGAAUUCUGCGAGACGUCGCUCUGCCCUCUGUUGCCGCGUUUCUCGUCGCAGGCCGCUGCAUCUGCGCGGGAUACUUCCGCCACGCGUGCCGCCGUGAUCCUCAAGAAGGCUAUCGCACGCUGGUGGACCACACGCAAGUCUUUUUGCAUCCUUCCAGCGCCUUGUACAAUCGUCACCCUGAAUGGCUUAUUUACCACGAACUCGUCCUGACCACCCGAGAGUACCUGCGCGACUGCUGCACAAUCGAACCUCAGUGGCUAGUCGAAGUUGCGCCCAAGCUCUUCAAAUUGGCGGAUCAGCAGCGGCUGUCGAGGAGAAAGAUGCGCGAGAGAAUAGAGCCGCUGUACGACAGAUUUGCAGAGCCGAACGCGUGGCGUCUGUCGAAGCGCAGGGGCUGA